UUUUUUUUUUUUUUUUAGCUUGUUGAAUAAUGAAAAGAAGGAAUACAACCAUCUUAUUUUUAUUAUUCUCACUAUUUCUUAUAUGUGGUAUUAUUCACUUUCAAUAUCAUAAUUCGCCCAUGGCUUUUUAUCAUCAUGGAUCUACUUUUCAACAUGGCAAUAAUCCUAUCCCCGUCAUCUUUCCAGAUCCAUUUCAACUUCAUCGACCCAACGUAAAAACGGAAAAAUAUCUAUCUUACUUACCCCAUUCAGGAUUUCAUAAUCAGCGUAUUGAAUUAGAAAAUGCAUUAUUACUUGCUACUUAUCUGAAUAGAACAUUACUCGUACCACCUGUAUUUCUUGCUAGUCCUGCCAUGCCAUGGUUAAGAUAUGAGAAAUUAUAUGAACGAUUAUUGUUCCAGACAAAGAAUGGACUGGAUCAUUGUGUAAAAAUUUACGAUGCAGCUUUACCUUUACCAAGCGAAUGUCUAAAUAACUUUCGAUGGACAAACGUGCCUUGGACCUUCUUUUAUAAUAUGUCAGCCAUACAAGAAAACACAGGAGCGCCACUUAUCUUUCGAUCCGGCCUAGAUUAUGAAUGGCUUUAUCAGUCAAGGCAUGAGUUGGGUAGAAUUAGAGAAGAUGACAUUUAUUUUUUUAAGGAUAUGUCCCCGUAUGAGUAUCAAAUUCAUGAUGAUGAAUCAUUAGACUUACCUUUAGAUCGAUUCAAUUAUCGAAUUGACUUGACAUCACUAGAAAAGAUUGAACAUCGUGUAUUACAUUUUGGAUCCUUAUUUGGCUCCUAUCGAGUUUUGGCAGAGACAGAAGAACAUAUUCAACUAUUACGAAAUAUUCGGUCUAAUAUGAUAUUUGCAAAUCCAGUCCUUUCAACUGCAACGAAAAGAAUAGUUCAACAAUUAGGAGGAGCUAAUAAUUUUGUGGGGAUGCAUGUAAGAGUAGGGGAUGGGAUCUUUAAAUUACGAGCAUCCAUCUUAGUAGAUGACGUUUAUCAUCACUUGGUGAAUACAUUUACAGACUUAAGUUUAGAACAAGUAGCAGCUUAUGAAGGGGGUAUUGAACAGCAUGAUUUAGACAGAACAGAGUCAGCUGAAUAUGAAAUAAAAUUAAGAACUUUUCAUCCAGUGGAUGAGACAAACUAUACAAAGCCAAUUGAAGUUCAUCAUCCACUAUGGACAGAAAAAGAAAAGCAGAGCUUGUUUAAUAAAAAUCCACAUAUCGCGAGUCGACUCAAGUGUCAGCAGGGAGAUGCAGUCACAAAUCGAUUUCGAAAUACUGUCAUCUAUAUCGCCACAGAUGCGCCUGAUCCACGAAAUCAUCCGUUAUUACGUAAAUUAUUUAAUGUCUUUCCUUGUACAUUUAUUCUUUCUGAUUUUAUGGAUGAACUAAACGAUAUUAAACGACUAGAGGUAGUAGAGGAGAAAGUUCGAUUAGAGUCAUAUUUAAUUCCUAUGGUAGAUGCAAUGAUAUCAGCGCAUGCUCAUACCUUCUUUGGCACACCACAUAGUACAUUUACGAGUUAUAUAGAAAGACAAUUACAUCCUGUUUAUACUGGUAAAGAAGUGCAAGUCAUGAGUUUACUAGAUUAUCUAAAUUCUAUGCCUUAAAUGUACAAAUGUAUAUAAAAACACAUAUACAAACACAUGUUUAAAUAAUAUUUUAUGUGUACAAAUGUAU